CCUGAUUAGCCCCUGAUUCCACAAAAGUUCAAAAUGUUUCUUCGACAUUUGUAAGCAGGUCUCCAAAAGGGUUUGGUGCUAAUUUUCCGAUAGGGUGCGCUCUAAUAGCCUAAGCAAAAAGAUCAAUUACAUUUCUGAAACUUUGUUUAUUUUACAUGCUGAAAAUGUUUUCCUCUUGGACCAAAAUGUCGAUCAUGAUAUAUUUCUCAAAGAUUUCGGGAGACCCUAAAAGAUUGCAAAAAAAAAUCUUCAAUCUUCCAAAUCUUGACACACAAUUUGAUGCAUAUUGUGGCGACUCCUACCCCCUGGGGAGUCUGGGUAAUGGGGUAUUCAUAAUGUUGUUUGGGGAAAAGGGGGUUUAUUGUCUUUAGAUAACUUGUUUAUGUUAUUAGGUUAAGUGGGGUUAACGGGUUUGGGGUUCUUUAUUGUUUGUGUGUUAAUUGUGAUGUGUAGUGUGAUCGGGACCAUUAGUGAGAGUGUUGUGUGUGUUGGUCAGGUGUGCCGUGUUUUCUGUUGUGUGUUUGAAUAAAGGCAGCUCUCGGGGUCGUGCGGUGUAAUGAGGCACGAGAGUUGCGCCGCCAUUCCAACCUGGGCUCCCGUCUCGUCCUUCCCGCGCUGCUCGCCACAUUGGUGUCUGAAGUGGGAUUUGGCCUGCGCAUGCGCGGGGGGAUUUGAGUUUCGCGGUCGAGCCCAUGGACAACGCACCCUGCGCUAUGGGAGCGCAGCGCCCCCCUGUGGACACGACCAGAAAGCCCGGAGGACCGGCAGAUGCUCACCGCCCCAGGACAGUGGUUAGGCUGCCGAAGUUCACCGGGGUAACGCAGUUGGAACCAUACCUGGCCCAGUUCCGGCUUGCAGAGUGGCACAACGGCUGGGAUGCCGAGGAGGCGGUUGUCCACCUUGCCCUGGCGUUGGAGGGGACGGCAGCACGGGUGCUGCUCGACCUGGACCAAGCGGACCAGCGAGACCUUCAGGCCCUGAUCCAAGCGUUGGAGAGGCGGUUGGGUGAACGGGUCUCCAGCAACGAGAGCAAGCAGUUGCUGGCUUCUCACCGCCGCCGGGAGGAGGAGAGCCUGGGCGUCUACGCUGCUGACGUCCAGCUCUUGACCCGACGCAGCUACCCGGAAUUCAACGCGGCUACACGGGAGGCCCUGGCGCUCCACGCUUUCCUGCGGGGACUGCAGCCGGAGAGUCUCGGGCAGCAUGUCCGCCUCACCGCGCCCCAGACCUUCGAUGCGGCUCUGGACCAGGCGGAACGGGCUGAGGUGGAGCUCUGCCGCUGUCCUGAUGGUGCAUCCGUGGACGCGGCUGGGGCAGCGGCCGCCCCCGGCACAAAGAACGUGGAGGUCAGGUCCAGGCAGCGGAAGGGACGGACGGCCACCCUUCCCGCCACCGAGGCGGCUGAGUCUUCCCGUGCACUGUGGCGGCACGACAGGGCUGACCUUGAGCCGCAGCAGUGUCGGCAGCUUAGGCUGGUCGAGGACUGCGGGUGGACGGGGCAGCGUGCCACCCACCCUCGUCCCAGCCGCCGGCGUGGCCGUCGGAAGGCCAGACGUCGGAGGGCGGCGGAGGAUGGGGCGCCCGAACGGCGCUCCAGAGCCCCCCUACAGCAGAACCUGGUGGGGGCCCCGAAAGAGGUGGUUCCCGACCACCACACCCCCAGGUCCUCUGCGGACAGUUGGAGACGGGCGUCCCAACCCGAGGGGAAGGCUGCACCGCAACGGGGCCACUACUGGCAGGGGCCAAGGCGGCGGCGCUGGCCCCCUGAACACUCGGGACUGUGCAUUGGGUGUUGGGGUCGUCGGGACGUCUGACCCCUAAGGUGGGGGCUGUGUGGCGACUCCUACCCCCUGGGGAGUCUGGGUAAUGGGGUAUUCAUAAUGUUGUUUGGGGAAAAGGGGGUUUAUUGUCUUUAGAUAACUUGUUUAUGUUAUUAGGUUAAGUGGGGUUAACGGGUUUGGGGUUCUUUAUUGUUUGUGUGUUAAUUGUGAUGUGUAGUGUGAUCGGGACCAUUAGUGAGAGUGUUGUGUGUGUUGGUCAGGUGUGCCGUGUUUUCUGUUGUGUGUUUGAAUAAAGGCAGCUCUCGGGGUCGUGCGGUGUAUUGAGGCACGAGAGUUGCGCCGCCAUUCCAACCUGGGCUCCCGUCUCGUCCUUCCCGCGCUGCUCGCCACAAUAUUAUCUCUGGACUCCCGAAAAAGAGAGCGGGGAUCCCUCCUCUACCAACACCUCCGCCUCCUCACGCCAAACACCUGGAGAGAGCAGGACAAGCCAAGCUUGAGGUGGUGAGCUCUAUUCAGUUCUGUGCCC